AUGCACACUCAACAACACUUUCACCCUGUCAUCCUCUUCCAUGACCAGCAAGUCGCCUAUGGUGACCCUUAUUACCAACCCAUGAUUCAAAUUAAAAAGGAACGUACAAACGAGAUGCUUAGAGUCAACAGCCAAUGGUGGCAGCAUAUAGCAACAUCAAUGAUGGAUGAUGGCAACGAGGAUGAUGACACCCUUACCACCACUGGCACCAGCAACAGCAACAGCAGCAGUCCUUUAUCUACGGCAUCGUCAUGCUCGUCAUUGUCUCCAAAACCAUGCUUGACAUCUCCCUUACAUCAUCAGCAGCCAUAUCUGUCACAUCAGCUUGCUGCUGUAUCUGAAAAACCAAGACCAACAACAAAGAUUACCAAAGACACAAGGCCAUCCAUGUCCACCACCAAUCAUGUCAAGCGUCGACGCGGCAAUCUACCUAAAUCAGUCACCGCUAUCCUAAAGCAAUGGCUGAUGGACCAUUUUCAACAUCCAUAUCCCACUGAACAAGAAAAAAUGAUGCUAUGUCGUAAAACGGGCUUGACAGUGAGCCAAAUCAGUAACUGGUUUAUCAAUGCUCGACGACGCAUCUUGCCAUUGGUGCGUAUGUCUCACCAUCAACAAUAA